UGGAGUCCCCCCAGCGGCUGGUUGCCCCGGCGGCGUCUGCCAUCCUGCUGCCGGGACCAAAGCUGGCCCCACGGGUGUCUGGCCUGUGGGCGGCCGGACCGACACGAUGUGGCGGCUCCGCUGCAAGGCCAAGGAUGGCACCCAUGUUUUGCAGGAGUUGUCCAGCAGGACCCGGGUGCGGGAACUCCAGGGCCAAAUUGCCGCUAUCACCGGGAUCGCCCCCGGCUGUCAGCGAAUCCUCGUCGGAUACCCGCCCGAGUGCCUGGAUCUCAGCAACGGGGAUACCUUUCUGGAGGAUUUGCCCAUCCAAUCAGGCCCAGCUUGGGACAUUCUUCGCUUCCCUUCGCUUCCCCUCUGGGAGCACCUUUCACCGUCCCUGCACCUUGCUUCUGGCAAUGCCCGAGAGGGAGCUGUGGCCAGCGGGGCCUGGCUCGGAACCCGUGACCCGCGUCGGCAGCUGUGACAGCAUGAUGAGCACCACCUCCACCCACUCUGGAUCUAGUGACAGCAGCUACGACUUCCUGUCUGCUGAAGAGAAGGAGUGUCUGCUCUUCCUGGAGGAGACCAUUGGCUCAUUGGACACUGAGGCUGACAGCGGACUGUCCACUGACGAGUCUGAGCAAGCCACAACUCCCCAAAGUCCCCGUGUGCUGCCCAUAACCCAGCCUGCUCCCCAGGGACAUCCAGAGGGGAAGAUUCUUCAGCAAGGCCUAGUGCCACGGAGAGCAACUCAGUCCAGCUCAUCCCGUCUGCCUGAAGCCCAAGGCCUGGGCCUCAGAUCCGGCUCCUACAGCCUCCCCAGAAAUAUCCAUAUCGGCAGGAACCAGAACCUCAGGAAAAGCACCACCCAGAGUAAUAACCACCUCCCAGGGGAACCUGAGGGGCUCAUUUCAGACCCUAAGAAAGAACAGGUCAGCCAGAGCAGUGAGCCCGGCCAGGCUCCUGCUGGACCCUGGGAGGCUGCGCUUGAUUUGGACAUAGCCCUCAUCCCCCCACCAGAGGCUUUCCGGGACGCCCAACCUGAGAAGUGUGGGGAAGACUGCCUGCCCGAAAGGCCAGAGGAGCAGAGCCCCACACCCCAGCUCCACAUGUCACUCAGCCCCCAGAAGAAAAAAGAGAUUUCUUCAGAGGCCAUGUCCCAAAGGGCCAAUGAGAAAGGCUCAAUGAGGGCACCAGGACAACCUCAGCCUCCUCCUGCCACGUCGUCUCAGAAUUCAAGAGCUUCAGAUGCUCCCAUGUCAUCAGAGGGGGAUCCAGAUGCUCAGCUGGCUCCCCUCACAAUGCCUAAGCCCCGGAAGCUGCCACCUAAUAUUGUUCUCAAGAGCAGCCGAAGCAGUUUCCACAGUGAGCCCCAGCACUGGCUGUCCCGCCACUCUGAGGCUGCCCAUGGAGAUUCCAGCCUGGUCUCCUCUUCACUGCAGGAGCAGAGGAAAGCACGCAAAGAAGCACUAGAGAAGCUGGGGCUACCCCAGGACCAAGAUGAGCCUAGACCCCACUUAAGUAAGCCCACCAGCUCCAUCAGACUCAAGGGGACUCAUGCUCAGGGCCCCUUCCCAGCCCCAGCUCAGCCUGCAGCUCAGGUCUCAACAGCUGGGCCUGCUUCAGGGAAGGCUUCAGCUCCUGCUCCAACCCGGGGACCUACUCCAAUGAAAGCUCUUGCUCUCGCUCCAGCUCCAGCUCUAGCUCAGGGGUCUUCUUCUCCAAGCAAGGUUUUGAUUCCUACCCAGGAACCCACUCCAGGGAAGGUUCCAGCUGCCAAAUCACUGCCAAUUCCCAUCCCUAAGGCCCCAGGUGUAAAUAUUCCCCUGUCUCAGUCAAAGCCAAACUCAAGGCUGACUCUCCAGGAGAAAAACAUCCCUGGCCUGAGACAAAUAAACUUCAAGUCCAAUACUCUGGAGCGUUCAGGGGUGGGGCUGAGCAGCUACAUCUCAGCUGAGAAAGAUCCCAGCCCCAAAACCAGCACCUCUCUGGGAAAAGACUCCUUGGACAAGAUCUCACCCAGUGUUUUGCGUAAUUCCCGGCCCCGCCCUGCCUCCUUGGGCACAGGGAAGGACUUUGCAGGUAUCCAGGUGGGCAAAUUGGCUGACCUGGAGCAGGAGAAGAGCUCCAAGCAUUUGUCCUACCAAGGACAGAGCCGUGACAAGCUGCCGCGACCCCUCUGUGUCAGUGUCAAGAUCUCCCCAAAAGGUGUCCCUGAUGAACAUAGAAGGGAGGCUCUGAAGAAGCUGGGACUGUUGAAGUAGACCGACACUGGCCACCAGCGCUGCCCGCACAACCUCCGCCCCUGCCUCCAGUAGAAGAGACUCAGGGCUCCGUGUAGGAGCCUUUCCCACCUUACAACUAGGGGUUGGGCAGGGAUGGGCUUCUCUCCAAUGCUCUCUUCUCUCUGAGGUGAAGGGGAGGAGGGGUUUAGAGUCCAAGUGUGUGCUCCUAUUCAGGGUGGUUGUGCCAAUGACUGCCUACACGAUUGAUCCACAAGAUGAUUUCCACAAGAGGGUGUGUGUGUGUGUGUGUGUGUGUUAUAGGUUGUAUAUAUCACUGAAGCUAUUUAUACUACACAAGGAUCAUUGCCCAGAAUUCUGCUCACGUUGGAGAUUUUCAUACAUUGGGUAGAGUUCAGCCUAGCCAGACCUGAGCGAAGAGGGGUGGCUAAGCCUGAGAAAAAAACGUCAA